GUUUCUUUGGUGGGUUCUGCAUUGCGUUGUUUGUAGUGAAUCAUCUAAGUGGUUCGUCAUCUCUCGCACACUUGGCAUAUAAUACUAGACGGCAAAGAAUUUAUCCCAUUUUCCUGGGUGUUGGCUUUUGCCGGUUGUAGUUAUUACAUUCCAGUUGCCUGGGCUUUGGUUUCUUGUUUAUCUUCUUGCAAAACCUUUCAUAUCAUGGAUUGUUAAGAGAAGAUCAAUCUUCUUGAGAAUGUGUAGUACUGUGGUCCUGUACUUGAUCUUUUACUAGGCACUUCUGAUUAUUGGAAAUGGAUAUAGAGACUGGGUUGAUUUGUGCUGGUGUCUGUGUUCUCUCUGGUGUUGUCGUGUACUUCAUAUCCAUAUUUGGAAUUAGACAAAGAACAUUUGAAGAAGCUGUUGAGGAACAGCUAAAAAAGGGUAAAGAGGACUAUGAACUCAAUGUUGAAAAAUCUCCAAGAAAAGAGAAAAAGUACAAAAAAUGGGGUCGCAAGCAUAAAGAUAAAGAUGAGAAAGGAGCAUCUAUUAAAAAUGAACUUUUAGAUGUUGGCCAUCUAGAUGAUCAAGAUAGAUUUAUAGAAAAUUUUGAAACACUUGCAAGCUGUCUGAAUGAUCGUAACUCCUCUCUUGUUAAUGAAGAUGAUAGUGAUUCAUGUGGUAGACAUCAAGAAGAAGCCAUGGAGUUAAAACAACGAAGAGUUUAUCAUGAUACACCAAGAACUGAUGCAGAUAAUUGUAGUUUUGGAGAAGAAGAGAGUCUUAACACAGAAGAAACAUGGGAAUCAAAAGCCAAAGAUAUGAAAACCCAGACUGUAGCAUCUCAUUUUAUCAUGCAGACACCUCUUAAUGAGUGUGUGAAACAACAAGUUGAAAACUUGGGAAAUGGAGUUGUUGAGGAAGAAGUAAUCAUGACGGCCGAAAGGUUGCUACACAUGUUAGAAAACAUGUCCCUGACUGAUGAAGAAAGUCAGAUGUUGAUGGAUGUUCUAGCAAGCAAACAGAGUGGAAUUUCAGAAUGGACUACAGUUCAGAAAAAUGAUCCUGUAGCUAUGCUUAAGCGACAACUUGCAGACAGGGAGAAGCAGUUGGAUAUAGAACAAACACGUGCUGAGGCAGCUAACAGCAAGAUGCAGGAGCUAAAGGAGGAACUUAGUAGAGAAAAGUCUCAUUUUAUGACAGUUGAAAAGUCUCUCCAAGAAAAAGUGAAUCAGCUGGAGAGAGAAAACGAAGCUUUAAAGUUUAGCAUCCAGCAGUCUUGUGAACAACACCAGGAAGAAACUUCCCUGCUCCAGUUGGAAAUUGAGCAGAUGCAAUCAAACUUGCAGGGAGAACAAGCUUUAAUAAUAAAGAAACUACAAGAAGAAAAAGAUCACCUGAAGCAAGCCUUGGCAAACUUAGAGGCAGCGAAACCUUAUAUUUUCUCUACCAUAACACCAACGGAGUCGAUGAUUUGGUUGAUCUCAUAAAUACCAUGAAAA